AUGCAACCAUUACAUAAAGUGACUCCAGAAGAACUGCCUGUUUUACUUGAGUGGGCUGCUCAACAUUUGCCAGGCGCACAAAAGAUUUAUGGUACAGUCAAAGAAGAACUCAAUGGACGUUGGCAGGGACCUACCUAUUACACUCUAGGAUGGCCGGAGAUUUUAGCCGUUGGUGAGGGCCCCGUUGAUGCAUCGAGAAGUCAGUGUGCAGAUUUCUUCAACGACACCCGCCAUACGUGUGUCUACUCGCCAAAUCCUGAACAUGUAGAAAAGCUGCUUCGUAGGCCAGAAUUUCUGGACUGGACUCGGCCAAUUAUGUUUCACGCUACCGACCCCGACAGCGUUAACGUUGUGGAGAAGAUCAGCAGCUCGACAGGGGGUCAGUUUAGUCAGAGAAUGUCCUUCAACCUGUUUGCAGCGUAUCCUGGAGAGAUCGCGCCCAGACCAGUUCCUGAUGGGUUUGAACUUCGGCAACUAGAUCCUGACCAAGACGCCGAGUUUGUUACCUCCACUUGGGCUUACCGAAGAAACUACACAGUACCAUAUGUCAGGGAAGUUCUAAGCAAUUUUCCAUCGGUUGGAAUUUUCAACAGACAGGGUGAAUGCGUUGCUUUGGAAAUCAUGUCAGAAUUCGGCACUGCUGUAUUAUUGUUUACCAGAGAAGAUCACAGAGGACGUGGGCUAGCGUCAUGCGUGGUCAGUCAACUAGCUCAACGGUUCUUCCAGGAAAACAAGCCCAUUCUAGCCACAGUUUCGCCUCAGAACAAGGCUGCGAUGGACAUGCAUCAGAAGUUAGGGUUUAAGGUCAUUGGCAAACUGUGCUGGUUUGUGCAUGCGAUCACUUCUGAUAAAGUGUUUAUUGCUCUGUAA